GACGCGGCUCCAUUCAUCGGAGUCUCCUCUGACUGGGAGGCAGACGGAGCUCUAGCGGUCAGACUAACUCUGCAUCCUCCGUCCUCUCAGCAGCACAACUCGGCGAUUGCUGCUCCGGCUCCACUUUUUUUUCCUCCUCGGUUGGAGUUCUUGUUUUUUUUUUUUUUUUGGUCCUGCUCUUGCAGCGUGUGUUCGCUUGUGUUGUGGCUGCGAGCAUGCAAAGCAACGAGCGUAAGCGAAACAAGGAAUCCGCGGCGACAUGGACAAACCGGCAACUCACACUUUACAAAUGCACUUUAUAUUUAUUCAUCUUUAGUCUGGAACUGAAGAGGAGCGUUACGGUGCCGCUGGAGUCGGACGACUUUGCGUUCUUCCUGGAGGGCGCCAACGGCUGCCUGGGGGUGCGGGACCACUCCCUCGUCCUGUCGCCGUCCUGCCAGGAAGCCAACCAGCGCUGGAAGUGGGUGACCCGAGGACGCCUCUUCAACCUGGGCUCCUCCACCUGCCUGGGCAUCCCCACCGGAAACUCCACCUUCGGAUGGGACAGGUCUCCUUUUGGCGUCUACACCUGCGACCGCGAGCCGCCCAGAGUUCGCUGGACCUGGAACUGUGGCCAGGUGCUGGACCACCUCAACAACUACUUUUCGCCGUCGCUGUUUUUGAACACCUCGGUGACCACGUCGCCUCCAAAGUUCAAAUGGACGCUGCAUGGUGGUGUGCAAGACCUGUGCUCCAAAACAUAUCAAGAGAUCUACACCAUCCAGGGGAACUCUCACGGCCGACCCUGCUACCUGCCCUUCCUAUACGACGGCCAGUGGUUCCACAACUGCACCAGCAUCGGUCGUGAAGACGGUCACCUCUGGUGUGCAACGACCUUCGACUACGGCAAGGAUGAACGUUGGGGUUUCUGUCCUGUCAAGAGCAGCGGCUGUGAGACCUUCUGGGAUACUGAUUCACUGACAGACAGCUGUUACCAGUUUAACUUCCAGGCUACGCUGUCGUGGAGCGAGGCUCGGAUCAGUUGUCAGCAGCAGGGGGCGGACCUGCUAAGCAUCACCAAGCUGCACGAGCAGACCUACAUCAAUGGUUUGCUGACUGGCUACAGUGCUGCUUUGUGGAUCGGCCUCAAUGACCUCGACAUCAAUGGAGGCUGGCAGUGGGCCGACUCCUCACCACUCAAAUAUCUCAACUGGGAGUCAGACCAGCCCAAUCACGCCGAGGAGGAGAACUGUGCGGUGAUUCGAACUGAGUCAUCGGGUCGUUGGCAGAACCGAGACUGUUCUGUUGCUUUGCCGUAUGUCUGCAAGAAAAGGCCCAACGCCACCCUGGAUCCCUUCACUACCGAUUCGUGGGCAGAUGAUGAGAAAUAUGAGUGCGAUGUGGGCUGGCAGGCCUUCCAGGCUGGAUGCUACAAGCUCACUUCAGAGAAAACCGACUGGGAUGCGGCUCAGAAAACCUGCCAGAAGAUGGAGGCCAACCUGGUCAGCAUCCACACGCUACCUGAGCUGGAGUUCAUCAUACGCAAUGUCAAGAAAGACAUCGACCAGGUCUGGAUCGGCCUCCACGACACCGACAUGCAGAUGGACUUCCAGUGGACCGACCACACUCCGGUCAUCUUCACCUACUGGCACCCGUUCGAACCCAACAACUUCCGCAACACCCAGGAAGAUUGCGUCUCCAUCUGGGGAGCCGACGGCCGCUGGGACGACAGCCCCUGUAACCUGACUCUGCCCUCCAUCUGCAAGAAACCAGGAACCAAGAGUGACGGGAAGCCUCAGCACCAGGACUGCAAACAAGGCUGGAAGUGGCACAGUCCAGCUUGUUACUGGGUGGGUGAAGAUCUUCUCACCUUUGAAGAAGCCAGAAAGUCCUGCGAAGACCAAGGAGCCGCCUUGGUUACCAUCACUGACAGGUUCGAGCAGGCCUUCGCCAACAGCCUGGUGUUCGGUCGCUCCGGAGAUUCCUUCUGGAUCGGACUCCAUGAUCAGAAGGGUUCUUUCCACUGGCUCAGCGGAGAUGAAGUUUCCUACACCAACUGGAACCGAGACCAGCCAGCGAGCAUCGGUGGCGGCGCCUGCGUUUCCAUGGCGACGGGCUUCGCAACAGGUCUGUGGGAGGUGAAGGAGUGUGCGUCAUCCAAGGCCAAAUUCAUCUGCCGGCAGAACCAGGACACGUCGCUGAGCCCCGAGCCUCCCGUCCCUCAGCCCACCCCCAGCCUCAGCGGAUCCUGCCCCAACGGGUGGAAGAGCGCCAGCGAACUGCGAUACUGCUACAAGGUGUUCCAUUACCCUCAGCUGGAGCAAAAGCUGAGUUGGCUGCAGGCUCACCUGUUCUGUCAGAGACAUGGAGCCAAUCUGCUGAGCAUCAGCAGCCCUGAGGAGGAGCACUUUGUUCUGCAGAUUCUGCACGAGAAAUUCGGAGAGUCAGAGGAGCAUGAGCAGCACUGGUUCUGGAUCGGACUGAACCGCAGGAACCCCAUGGACAAUGGCAGCUGGAAGUGGAGUGAUGGACUCUCUGUAACGUAUCAGAACUUCGGCCGCUACUACUACAACAUUCGUCAGUGUGCUGCUACAGAUCUGGGCACGAUGACCUGGCUGGCCAUGCACUGUGACUCUGAGUUAGACUGGAUCUGCAAGAUCCCCAGAGGUCGUGUUGAGAAGCUACCAGAAGACGCAGAAGGCACCAGUACACCAGAGUGGAUUAGCUUCCAGGAGGCCGAGUAUAAAUUUUUCGACCACCCCACUUGGGAUCAGGCCCAGAGGAUUUGCUCCUGGUUUGAGUCCUCGCUAGCCUCCGUCCACUCUGCUGAGGAGGAAGCUUUCCUGGCCAACACUUUACGCAAGAUGACAAAGAUGGAGGGGGACAACUGGUGGUUGGGGCUUCACACGUACGAAAACGACGGACGCUUCCAUUGGUCCGACCACUCGGUGCUUAAUUACGUUUCCUGGGCCCUCGGGAGGCCGCAUCCAAUCAGCAGAGAUCGCAGAUGUGUCCACCUGUCCGCCAGCAAAGCGGAUUGGUCCGACCAGAAGUGCCACUCUGACCUGCCCUACAUCUGUAAGAGAGUGAACGUCACAGGAACGAUGCCUCCGACUCCAUCAUCCCACCCACCCGCUGGAUGCCCUGAUGGGUGGUCUUCAUAUCAGCAUAAGUGCUUCAGAGUGUUUGACCAGUCUUACCGGGUCACUUGGUCAGCAGCCAAGCUGAAAUGCGAGAUACAGGGAGGUGUUCUGGCAGUGGUGUCCAAUCAUUUGGAGCAAGCUUUUGUCACCACUUUGCUAAACAACGCCAGCGCUGACCUCUGGGUGGGUCUGACCUCGGACUCUAAAGGUCACUUCCACUGGGCUAAGGCUGGCCUGCUCAGCUACACCUACUGGGGGCCUGGAGAGCCGCUCGACAACAGUGGACCACAUCACAACAGGACGCCGGGAAACUGUGUGGUGAUGAUUCAUGGGAACCCGCUGAAGAAAACCGGCAUGUGGGCUUCCCGAGCCUGUGAGAUGGAAAGCAACGGCUUCAUCUGUCAGAGGCAACAAGACCAGGAUUUAGCUCCGGCUCCGGCCCUCAUUCCUGACUCCCUGUCGAAGCCGGUGGAGCUGGGCGGAGUCACCUACCGGGUCGUGCAGAAGCGACUGGACUGGACCGGAGCUCUGCACCUCUGUGCGUCUUUGAAUGGGACUCUGGCCACGGUGAAGGAUCCCUUCCAGCAAGCUUACCUCACACUGCUCAUCAACAGCUUGCACCAGCCAGCCUGGAUCGCCCUCUACAACUACGGAGGACGGAGCUUCACAUGGCUGGGUGACAAAGAAGUGGCAUAUUCCAACUGGAAAGGAGGGGAGCCCAAUCAGAUGGCUGGAUGUGGUCACAUGACCACCACAGGACGGUGGACUAUGACUCCCUGUGAUGCUAAAAUGGAUGCUGCCAUCUGCCAAAUCAGUGAUGAGCCUGUGGUUCACCAGUGGAUCUACCCUGGCCUGUGCCCUCAGUCUCUGGGAGAAUGGGCGUGGGUGCCGUUCAGAAACCACUGCUACGCCUUCAACCUGCAAACGCUUCGGCUGCAGCAGGAUGCACGCACAUCCUGCAAGAAAAUGGGAGCAGAACUUCUCUCCAUCUUGGAUGAAACAGAGAAUGGAUUUGUAUGGGAGCACAUCCAGAGCUAUGCAGAACAGGCACAUGGAGCUUGGCUGGGCAUCAGCGUCAAAGGUAGAGGUCUGGUGUGGAGCGAGGACACCGAGAUGUCCUACACCAACUGGGAGACUCAUGACGUCGCCUUUUCAGUGCUGUCCAUUAAUUCCUGCUUCUGGAUCCAGAGCAACAGCGGCCUGUGGAAACCGGGAUCCUGCAGGAAUCGAACGCACGGAGUCAUCUGCAAACGGUCUCGAAGUGUUGAAACUUCGCCUGUCACAUUGGACGGAGACCACCUGCCCACUCUGAUCGUCGUCAUGGUGACAGGGCUGGUGUUGGUGGUUCUGAUAGUCGCCGUGAUCUACUUGUACCGCCGGCGAGCCGUUGGGUCCCGAGGCUCCUAUGAAGGGGCCCGAUACAGCCGCACCAACUCCAGCAUGGCCGAGCAGGCCGAGAAGAACAUCCUGGUGUCCGACAUGGAGCUGAACGAGCAGCCAGAGUAGCUCAGACCGACCCGGACCGACCCGACACAGGAAGAGGCCGAUUCCAAUGUGCCGACUCAGAAACACAAUGUGGCAUGUAUGAUUAUUUUUGUGUCUUUUGAAACCAAAAAGAUUCUUAAAGUGCUGAAGGGCUGUGUAGAGCGCAGCAGCAGAUGUUCCGAUUUCAAAUUGAACCCCCAACUUUCUCAAAAUCCUCAUUUUGCCAAGAUUUAACAGUUCUAGCGAUUUCACCCCCGAUGAAUCAGACGCUUCCAACUGCACAAAACCGUAAUGGAUCUACGGGGAAUACAUUUUUAUUGCAGCUGGAUUAAAAACAGUUUUAUGAAACAACUCCCUGCUGUCUUCCCUGAUGCCAAAGUACAUUUUUUUUGCACACUAUGUUUUUUUUCCUGUUUUGAUUGAAAGACUACAGAUUUUACUCAAACUCUUAGCAUCCACAUUCUUCUACGGGACCAAAUCGCCGCAUCAGUAUUAGCCUGACCUUGUGUUUUUUGUCGUUUUAUUGUCCCCCCCAAACACCCCGAUGAGUUCGCCAUUAUCUGUGCAGCUGUAGAGAACUGUUACCCAUGAUGCUCGUGUGGUUUUGUGAGCCUUGCCUCCCUCCUCGUUUCGGUUCUGACACGUCAGCAGCAGCAGCAGCAGCAUCUGUCAGGCGAAGCAGAGGAGGAAAUGUGAAUGUGUGGAAGGUGACAGGGACCGGUGACCUCAAACUGUCUGUCUGAGGGCAAACACUAUAAUUGUGCACAUAAGUAGAACUUUGCAUUGAAAGCUGGUCUUUAAAUAGACUGCAUUGUGUCUUCUUUUUUCUUUUUUUCUUUUUUUUUUUGGUGCGGCAGGACUGAAAAGUUUCAGACUCACUUUACAUUUCGGCACUUUCUGCUAUAUUAUCUAAUUCAGUCAUCCACCUGCCUUUAGUCAUUAUCCUUAAGGCGCAUUUGCUGCUCUGUGAUUCCGAACUUCUGUUUGUUUUGGCUCUUUGUGCCGCCAUCUGGAGCUGAUUCAGCGUUUCAUAAGGACUUUUCUUUCUGUGUGCACAGAGAAAAAAGGGGUUUGCAAUUUGAUUCAUCAUUGUAAUGGAUAUUCUCCUCUUUCUUUCUGUCCUUUUUUAAUAAUGCAGGCUUCAUUAUGUGAGUUGAUUUAAAUACCUGACUGGUAAAGCAUUCCUAUUUUCUAUGGGAACACAAAGGAAAACAUCCCUCAUAUGAAUGACACAGUUGUAUAAAGCCAAAGAAUGUUUGCCUUCUUUUUUUGAAGAUUUGACCGGAGUUAACGUUCUACUUCCUUCAGCUUUUCGCCUCUUGUCUUUCUGUCUUCCCGCUCAGAUAGGAAUGCUUUGGAGCCAUUUCAGGCUUUUGGUGUUUCGCUGAGCUGCUGUAAAAGAAAAAAAAAGUAAGAAAAAAAACUGUUCUUUUUUUGCUAAGAUUGAAGGGGGAAGGGAGUGAAGUCGGCGAGUGUGUUGGAGUGUGUGUGCAGUCUCCAGCUGUGGAAUGUUGAGUCGGCAAGAAGAGCUCAGUGGCACGUCUGGAACCAAUCAGAGAAGGAGGGCUUUAGGGACACGAAGGGUCAGGAAGAGGGGGAAAGAAAAAGGAAAAAAGCUGAGGAGGAGAGUGAGGAGGAGUCAUGGAUGUAGGUAGAGGAGUGGAUUGGUUCCAGGCUUACCCUGUCCUCUGCUGGUGGGUUUCUGUACAGGUUUGUGUUUUCUAUGUAUUUGGAUGUGAACCGAUGGAGGCGACGUGGUGUGAAGGUCCAGCUGUGUUCCCCUAGUGUCUGUGAAGAUACCUGAAUCACCUGUUCAAAUGUUUUUUUGAAAGUUUUUGUGUCAUUUUUAUAUGAAAUGAAUAAAGUCUAUGUUCUCAAA